CGGUGGCAGGCGGGGCGGGGCGGAGCGGGCGCUGCGUUGCCCGGGCGACGGGUGCGGGCGGGGUCGAGCCCUCCCGCCGCGGGCCGCCGGGCGCUGUCAGCGGGAUAAGAGCGGCGCGGGCGGGCGGACGGGCGGGGCGCGGAGCGGAGCUGGUGUUGUCAGAGCAGUUUGGUGCCCUUGGGGUCAGCACGACUGGAACAAAUACCUCCUUGCUGGAAAGCCUGGGAGAAGGACAGUAUCUGCUGCCCUGAAGCAGCCACAGCUAUAUGCAGUGCUCCAAGAAACUGGCAGACUGAGCAUGACUGGAGUAACUGUGUAUGAAACCAUUUGAUAUCAAACAGGUGAACCAAGGGUGGUGUUUCCAGAAUAUAUGUGCUUUUUCUUCCAAGUAGAAGAUAGAUGCAUUAAAAGCAGGCAAAGUAAUUCUGCUCAGACAUGAGCAGUCGCAGUAACUCACUGGCACGGGAAUUUUUGACGGAUGUCAACAGGCUGUGCAAUGCUGUGGUCCAGAAGGCAGAGGCCAAGGAAGAUGAAGAAGAAGAAACUCAUAUGGCAGCACUGGGACAAUACCUGGUUCAAGGCCGUGGAUUUAUUUUGCUUACCACAUUGAACUCUAUUAUUGAUCAGGAGCUGACAUGUCGAGAAGAACUUCUAACUCUCCUUCUGUCACUUCUACCACUGGUGUGGAAAAUCCCUGUCAAAGAAGAAAAAGCAAUAGAUUUUAAUCUACCCUUUACAGUUGACACAUGCCUGACCAAAGAGAACACUUCAAGUUCUGUGAAAUCUACUCAGGAAAAGCUAGGCUCAUCUCUUCAGGCUUCUGUAAAACUAAAUCCUCGAUCUCGAAAAAGUGGACGUCUUCGCAAAACCACCCAUCGUUACUCUGUGCGAGAUGCAAGAAGAUCUCAGCUGUCCACUUCAGAUUCGGAAGGCAAUUCUGAUGACAAGGCUACUGUAAUGAUGAAACACAGACGGUCUCAGUUCCUGCAGCCUUUUGUAACAUAUCCGCUUAGGGACAACUACUUUGCAGAUAGAAGUGAUUGCCUACCAGCUGAAGCAGUACCAAAUUCUAAUCCUGAUACCUCUAACCUAGAAAAUUCCAGCCAAAUUCUACCACAGGAAUUGAAAUUGGAGAUUUUGAAUGAGCCAGCUGUGGCGAUUGCUGAGAGCAACAUGGACAAUUCUCCAUUUGAUUUAUGCCAUGUUUUGCUGUCGCUCCUAGAAAAAGUGUGCAAAUUUGAUAUUACUUUGAAUCACAGUUCUGUUCUUACAGCUAGUGUGGUGCCCACAUUAACUGAAUUCCUAUCAGGAUUUGGAGACUGUUGCAAUGUAGCUAGUAGUGCAGAAAAUGAAGUAGUUUCUGCAGGGUGGACAGAAGAACCUGUGGCUUUGAUCCAAAGGAUGCUCUUUAGAACAGUGCUUCAUCUUAUGUCUUUAGACAUUAGCAAUACAGAAACAAUGCCUGACAACUUACGAAGAAAUCUAACAGACUUACUUAAAGCAGCAUUAAAAAUAAGAAUUUGCUUGGAAAAGCAGCCUGAUCUUUUUGUUCCAGGGCACAAAAAAACACUACAGCAGCAGGUUCAGGAUGACUUUGUAUAUUCUAGCUAUCAUCACAGAGCCUUGCUUCUACCUGAGGUUCUAGAGGGGGUCUUGCAAAUUUUGAUCUGCUGCCUACAGAGUGCAGCCUCCAACCCGUUCUACUUUAGUCAAGCUAUAGAUCUGGUUCAUGAGUUCAUACAGCAUCAGGGAUUUAAGCUGUUUGAAAUAACAGUGCUUCAGAUGGAAUGGCUGUGUAUGAAGAGUGAGGGAGUAACUGGGGAAGCCUCAGAGCACUUGAAAGCCCUAAUCAACAGCAUUAUGAAAAUAAUCAGCACUGUCAAAAAAGUGAAAUCAGAACAGCUUCAUCAAUCAAUGUGUACAAGAAAGCGGCACAGACGAUGUGAGUACUCUCACUUCAUGCACCACCACAGAGAUCUCUCUGGGCUUUCUGUAUCUGCUUUUAAAAACCAAGCUUCCAAAAACCCCUUUGAAACUGCUGAUGGAGAAGUUCAUUAUCCUGACCGAUGCUGUUGCAUUGCCGUUUGUGCACACCAGUGUCUGCACUUGUUGCAACAAGCUUCUUUGAGCAGUACCUGUGUUCAGAUUCUCUCGGGUGUACACAAUGUAGGAAUAUGCUGUUGUAUGGAUCCAAAGUCUGUGAUUAUCCCAUUGCUUCAUGCUUCCAAGUUACCAAUAUUAAAAAACUUUCAACAGCACAUACUGAACAUCCUUAACAAGUUUAUAUUGGAUCAGCUGGGUGGAGCUGAAGUUUCUCCAAAAAUUAUACAGGCAUCAUGCAAUAUAUGUACUAUUGACUGUGAUCAACUUGCUCAGCUGGAAGAUGCCUCGCAAGGCAACUCUAGUGUUGCUGGUCUUGCAUCCAGUCCCUCUUGCAGAGUUCAGGGGAUUCUGCCUAGUAGUGGAUCUGAAGAUAUGCUGUUGAGAUGGGAUGCACUAGAGGCUUAUCGGGACCUUGUUUUUGAAGAAGACAAACUAUGUGGCAUGCAGAUUGCAAGCCAUAUAUGCCACUUAAUUCAAAAGGGAAAUGCAAUGGUCCAAUGGAAACUCUAUAACUGUGUUUAUAAUCCAGUGCUUCAGAGAGGAGUUGAGCUAGCUUGCUAUGCUCAACAGCCAGGAAUAACUACAGCUGAUAAACACACAUGCAGUUACCAUAGCCAGUGUUUGCCUGAUGAAGUACUUCAGAUUUAUUUGCAGACACUCCCUGUGUUGCUUAAAUCCAGGGUAAUUAGAGACUCUUUUUUGAGCUGUAAUGGAGUAAACCAGAUGAUUGAAUUAAAUUACUUGGAUACUGUAAGAAGCCAUUCUCUGAAAGUGUUAGAGACUUUGAUACUCUACCUUGAAGACCAGCAGAAAGACCAAGCAAUGGCAGAACUAGAAGGCUUGACCAGUGAGCAAAAGGAGGCUGCAUCUGACUUGCCUGCUUCUCUUUGUAGCCAACCCACUGUUUCAGAAGUUCCUCAAAGCCUGAGCAAGUUUUAUGCUGGCCUCAAAGAGGCUUACCCAAAAAAGAAAAAGCUUGUGAGUCAAGACACUCAUGUCAACACAAUAAACCUGUUCCUCUGUGUUGCUUUUUUGUGUGUAAGUAAAGAAGCAGACUGUGAUCGGGAUUCAGCUAAUGACUCUGAAGACACUUCAGGAUAUGAUAGUACAGCUAGUGAGCCAUUAGGCCACAAAUUACCAUAUCUGUCAUUGGAAAGCCUUACUUUGCCUUCCCUGGAAUGUAUUCACAGGGCUGCAGAUAUUUGGUCCAUGUGUCGUUGGAUCUAUUUGUGUAGUUCAGUUUUCCAGAGACAGUUCCACAGACUUGGAGGUUUUGAAGCAUGCCAUAGAUUAUUAAUCCUGAUUAUUCAGAAACUUGCAGAGAACAAGGAAAAGGAGCAGGAAAAAAGAAUACUGAGUGAAAGCAGCAGAAGUUUGCAUGGGAACCCUCAUGCUGAGCCUCUCAUCAAGGGUGACUCUGCUCACUUGGCUAAAAGCAGGGAGUUGACACAAUCAGAACUCAACAGUUUUGACAAAAAUCCUGCUGCUGCAGAACAGUUGGUGUCUGAAUGUGUUUCCUGUGACAGCCCUUUGAGUAGGGAAGACACUUCAGUUACUCCUGUUGCUGAUCUUGAAGAGACAAAGCCCUCUGUAAGAGAAGAGGCUGAGUGGGCACUUCAGGGUAUCAGACUUCUUGAAGCGCUGCUGACAAUCUGUCUGCACAGUGCAAGCAGUACACAGAAAACAGAAGUAGAGAUGUUUCACCAGAAUACUUGUGUGGAUGAUAUCUUACUUGAAGUAAGAGACGAGCUUGCUCAAUCGAAAGUGAUAGAAACCAACUUGGCAAAGCCUCUGUUUGAUUCACUGCUUCGUGUUGCAUUGGGCACUUUUUCUGCUGAUCUGGAUCAUUCUGAAGAAAAAGUCGAAAAGCCCUAUCAUGCUGAAAAGGAGCCUGUGUCACAACCUGGAGACAUUUCAGAAGAAGCUGAAGAGUCACAGUGCUGUAGUCUUAAACUUCUUGCUGAAGAGGAAGGAUAUGAAGCAGAUAGUGAAAGUAACCCCGAUGACAGUGAAACCAAGGAUGAUGGAGCAGACACAAAGGCAGAACCUGGAUGCACUGGUCCUUCAGAUUAUUCUAAUGACCUAACUGACAACAUCAAUCAAGGAGAAUUAAUAUAUCCUGAAAUCUGCAUGCUAGAGUUAAACUUGCUCUCAGCUGGUAAUGCAAGUCUAGAUGUGCUUGCUCAUGUAUUCCACAGCUGCCUGAAAAUCAUCAGUCAGAAGGAGAGAAAUGCCACUUUACUUAUAGAACAGGGAGCUGUUAAAAAUCUUUUGGGAGGAUUUCUAAACAUAUUGACCCGGACGGAGUCUAGUUUUCAUGUAUGUCAGAUGGUGCUGGUAGACCUGUUAGUCGCUCUGAUGAGCUCACAGACAUGUUCAGAAGAGUUGACUCUUCUCCUGAGGAUAUUUUUGGAAAAGACACCCUGUAUGGAGAUACUACUUAAGGGUGUAUUGAAGAUUGUAGAAACUAAUAUCUCUAUGAACCCAUUACAGUACCUUGCCUUUCCUUUGCUACAUGGCACGCAUUUAAGUAGCUCUUCACAAAAAUCUGCUAGCACUCCCCACAGCAAGACUGCUGGGCUAUUAAAAAGAGCAAAAUUUUCACAGAAUAAGAAAGAGGCAGAUAGUGAAAAUCUGACUCACCAGCUGCUUUCCUCUUGGUAUGUAGCCCCAAUUCACCUGCCUUUAGUUGGACAAAACUGUUGGCCGCACAUGUCUGAGGGCUUCAGUGUCUCACUGUGGUUUCAUCUGGAGUCCCUUCACGAAGCAGAAAAUUCAACAGAAAAGGGGAAGAAGAUCAAGAAAAGAAGCAAGCUGUUAACUGUAAGAGAGAACAGCUUUGACAGCACAGAAGAAACUAAGUCUUUAGGAAUGGAAUACCUAAGCUUGGGAGAUAAACUUGUUGAAGAUGGCUGUAUUCAUAUAAUUUCACUGGGUUCCAAAGCGCUGAUGAUACAAGUCUGGGCAGAUUUGAACACUGGAGCUUUCAUAUUUCGUAUGUGCAUAGAUCCAAAUGAUGAGAUGAAAGCUGGUCUGCUGGCACAGGCUGAAUCUCCAGAGAAUGUUUUCCUUGUGGGCAAGUGGCAGCAUUUGGCAAUAACAUAUCUUCAGCAGCCAGAGAGCAAGAAAAAUAUCCAUGGAAAGCUGUUGCUGUGGGUUUCUGGUCAGAGGAAAUGUGAGAUUAAUUUAGAUUAUACACUACCAAGGAAAACAAGUUUAUCCUCUGACAGUAAUAAAACCUUUUGUAUGAUUGGCCAUUGUACGUCCUCUCAAGAAGACUUGCUUCGAUUGUCUGGUAGAUGGGACCUUGGAAAUCUGCUUCUCUUUAAUGGUGCAAAGAUUGGACCAGAGGAAGCAUUCUAUUUAUAUGCCUGUGGGCCAGACUUCACAUCUGUAAUGCCUUGUAAAUAUGGCAAAACAUUGACUGAUUGCUCUAAGUACAUAAGUAAAGAUAUUCUACAAUGUGAACAAAUUAAGGAGCUCUUCCUGACAAAAAAGGAAGUGGAUGUUGGACCUCUAGUUGAAAGUCUUGCUGUAGUGUAUACCACAUGCUGCCCUGCUCAGUACACCAUAUAUGAACCUGUUAUUCGACUGAAAAGUCAAGUGAAAACUGUGCCUUCUCAGCGACCUUUCAGUUCAAAAGAAGUUCAGAGCAGUGUGUUGGAUUCUCAUCACCUGAAAAUACUUCAGCCUGUUGAAUAUAAAACCCUCCAGGGCAUACUACAUGAAAUUGGAGGAACUGGUGCAUUUGUUUUCCUCUUUGCUAGGGUUGUAGAGAUUAGCAGCUGUGAAGACACUCAAGCUUUAGCACUUCAACUUAUACUAUCUUUAACAAAAUACAAUCAACAGAGAGUACAGGAGAUGGAAAACUGUAAUGGCUAUUCCAUGGUUCAUCGAGUGUUGAUCAAACCAAAGUGUGUUGUUGGAUUUUGCAUGCUGAAGACUCUCCUUGAAGGAUGCUGCAGUGAUGAGAUUCUCUAUAUAAAUGAGAAUGGGCAAUUCAUGCUUGACACAGAUUCUACAGCAGUAAUCCAGGAUGUUCAGUUGUUAGAAAAACUGCUGCUUGACUGGAAGAUAUGGUCUAAAGCAAAGGAAGGUGUUUGGGAAACACUGUUAGCAGCUCUAGAAAUCCUUAUCAGAGCUAACCAUCACCAACAGAUGUUUAACAUUAAACAGCUGUUGAAAGCUCAAGUGGUACAUCACUUCCUGUUAACUUGUCAAGUUCUGCAGGAACAUAAAGAAGGGCAUCUUGCAUCCCUGCCUCGGGAGGUUUGUAGGUCAUUUGUGAAAAUAAUUGAAGAAGUACUUGGAUCUCCCCCUGACCUGGAAUUGCUGACACUGGUCUUCAAUUUCCUCUUAUCAGUUCACCCUCCCACUAAUACAUAUGUUUGUCACAAUCCUACCAACUUCUACUUUUCCCUGCACAUAGAUGGUAAAAUUUUUCAGGAGAAAGUUGAAUCACUUAUGUACCUGAGAAAUUCCAGCGGUGGUGGGAAGUCAAUAGACAGUUCUGCAUUUGUCAUUACAACUCCAACUGGAUUUACAGCUUCACCACUGGAAGGGGACACUUCCAAGGCAAGCGCAGAGCAGAAGAUACGCUCUCAGGCACCUAAAAGGCUUUGCAAAAGCUUACCAGCAUCUCCUACUUCCUCACCUCAAGUUCAUCCAAAAAGGCUACAUGAGAAACUGGGCAGGAGCAUUGAUGACCUGCAGGAUAUUGGCAAGGGUGACUAUGGUGAUUUGCAGGGUAAAAUUGGUUCUGUAGGAAGUAGUGAAACCUUAAAAAGAGUACAAGAGGAGCUCUUUCUUAGCAGUUGUGAGUCUGCAAAAACAGUUUGUGACUCAGAAUUAACAUCCGCUGAAACAUUUGAAGAUAUUCCAAAAGAAGAAGAAUUAUCUGAAAACGCAUUUGAGAGUAAAGAAACAGAUAUGGAGCUGAAAUACGACAGCAGUGCUACACCUGAGCCAUUGCUGCGUCGUCCAGACAAUCUGAAAGGACUCCCUUCAUUUCAGAAGAGCCAGAGUAAUUUUGCUGGUUUGGGCUUAGCAUUUUCUGUUCACGGAGGAUCAUCAGUUGCACGCUGGCCAAGCCUUGCUGACAAGAAUGUAGUUCCUGAAGACUGGGAAAGUCUUGCCUUUUCUUCAGCUAGUGAGAAUAUCAGAAAAAAAUCUGAAGGCCCUGAUGAUAGAUCUACAGAAGACUGUCUUGUGCUCAUCUGUUGUGGAUUAUAUGACCUCUUGCGUGGAGUUCUCCUAAUCCUACCAGAUACCAUGCUAGAAGAUGUGAUGGACAAACUUAUCCAACCUGAUUAUCUUAUAGUUCUUGUGAACCACCCAUCUCCUCUCAUACAACAAGGCGUCAUUAAAUUGUUGGAUGCGUAUUUCAACAGAGCAAGGAGAGAGCAGAAGGAGAAAUUCUUAAAGAAUCGUGGCUUCUCCUUGCUAGCCAACCAGCUGUAUCUUCACCAGGGGACUCAGGAAGUUGUAGAAUGCUUUUUGGAAAUGCUCUUUGGCCGUUCUGUUGGCCUGGAUGAAGAAUUUGAUCUGGAAGAUGUCAAGAAUGUUGGACUCUUUCAAAAAUGGUGUGUUAUUCCUGUUCUGGGUCUUAUAGAGAACUCUUUGUAUGAUAAUGUUCUGCUGCAUAACUCCUUCUGCCUCCUGCUGCAAAUCAUAAAUUCCUGCUCAAAAGUUGCAGACCUACUGCUUGAUAAUGGUUUGCUGUAUGUGCUGUGUAAUACGCUAGCUGCUCUCAACGGCCUGGAAACAAACAUUUCUCUGAAUGACUACAAGUUACUUGCAUGUGAUAUACAACAGUUGCUGGUGGCAGUUGCAAUUCAUGCCUGCAGCUCCUCAGGUUCUCAAUAUUUUCGUGUUAUUGAAGACCUCAUUGUGCUGCUGGGGCAUCUUCAAAAUAGUAAAAAUGCAAGGAUGAAAAAUAUGGCAGUUGCUCUGCAAUUGAGAGUUCUUCAGGCAGCUAUUGAAUUAAUAAAAACUACAGCAAACCAAGAUUCUCAGGAACAGGCCAGUUCUGUCCCAUCAGCUGCACCUCAUCACACAAUGUUUCAAAAGCGUAAAGGCAUUACUGGUUCCAGGAAAUUUUCUCUUGCUCAGUCUGAUGCUCUGCUGAUGAAAAUGCGUUCAGUGGCAAGCGAGGAAUUCAAUAUGAUGAUGCAGCGGAGAAUGAGCCAAGAAAAUCCUAUCCGAGCCUCCGAGACUGAGUUUGUACAAAGGUUACAGAGACUAACUGUUCUAGCUGUUAACAGACUCAUUUAUUCAGCAUCUACUGAAGAAUGCCUUGAUGUACUGGGUAUAGCAGAAGCCACAAGUGAGAGUAGACUUCCAGCAUAUCGACUGGAAGUUUCUGAAGAGGAAAACCAGCAAGAACUGUCUACCAGAACAAAUCCUUUUCUUAAAGAAAUGUUCAAAAUGUUGGUAGAAGGGAUCAAAGUAUCUAUUGGUACCAGCAGAAUGACUGCACCCAAGCAGCAGUGGAAGAGAAUCCUUCUGUCAUGCAAGGACACGUUCCGGACGCAGCUUGGGAGGCUUCUCGUGCACAUCUUGUCUCCAGCAAGGCCACUGCAAGAAAGAAAGCAGGCUUUGGUGAUGAUGCAUGAAGCAAACAACCAAGAGAUUAUGCGUGACUGCCUUAGCCCAACUUUGCAACAUGGACCUAAAUUAGUGCUCUAUUUACAUGAGUUAAUGUACAAUCACAAGGAUGAAAUGACCAAAGAAGAACAAAUAGCAGCAGGAGAUUUUAUGAAUGCAUUAAAAUGUUGUGGCUAUAAAUGCAUCCCCCUGAACCCACCACCAAAACCAGACCUAAUGAAAGCUUUGAAAGAGGAUCAGAAGAAAUACGAGAUGGAAGAGGGUGUGAACAAAGCUGCUUGGGAGAAGACUAUGGCUCAUAAUCAGCAAAAUCUCUUUCAACGUCUGGAUACAAAAUCAAAAGAUAUUUCCAAAACAGCUGGAGACAUCACACAGGCUGUCUCUCUCUCACAAGGGAUGGAAAGAAAGAAAGUGAUCCAGCACAUCAGGGGGAUGUAUAAGGCAGAGCUAAGUGCCAGCAGACACUGGCAGGAACUUGUUCAGCAGCUUACCCAUGAUCGAGCACUUUGGUAUGACCCAGUCUAUUACCCAACUUCUUGGCAACUGGAUCCAACAGAGGGCCCAAAUAGAGAGAGGCGACGACUGCAGAGGUGCUACUUAACUAUACCAAAUAAGUACCUUCUCCCAGAUAGGCAGAAAGAGGAAGGCAUGAUCAAACCUCCCUUAUCUUAUCUAUUUGAAGACAAAACGUAUUCUUCUCACUCUUCUACUGUAAAAGACAAAGCAGCAAGUGAACAUAUAAGAGUUAAUCGAAGAUGUAUCAGUGUAGCACCUUCUAGAGAGACUGCUGGUGAACUGUUGCUAGGAAAGUGUGGCAUGUAUUUUGUUGAAGACAAUGCUUCAGACACUGUUGAAAAUUCUAGUUUUCAUGGAGAAACUGAACCAGCAUCCUUUUCUUGGACCUAUGAGGAAAUUAAAGAAGUUCAUAAGCGCUGGUGGCAACUAAGAGACAAUGCUGUGGAAAUAUUUCUAACAAAUGGCAGAACCUUACUCUUGGCUCUUGAUAAUACAAAGGUCCGUGAUGAUGUGUACCACAACAUCUUAACUAACAAUUUGCCUAACCUUUUGGAAUAUGGAAACAUUACUGCUUUGACCCACCUAUGGUGCACAGGACAGAUUACUAACUUUGAAUACCUGACUCAUUUAAACAAACAUGCGGGCCGUUCCUUCAAUGAUCUCAUGCAAUAUCCAGUAUUUCCCUUUAUACUUUCUGACUACACCAAUGAAACACUGGACCUAAAUGAUCCAUCAGUAUAUAGAAAUCUGGUGAAACCAAUAGCUGUGCAGUCUAAAGAAAAGGAGGAUCGUUAUGUGGAUACUUACAAGUAUUUGGAAGAGGAGUACCGUAAAGGAGCACGAGAGGAUGAUCCAAUGCCCCCUGUACAGCCUUAUCACUAUGGAUCUCAUUACUCCAACAGUGGAACUGUGCUUCAUUUCCUGGUUAGGCUGCCACCUUUCACUAAAAUGUUUUUAGCCUAUCAAGAUCAAAGUUUUGACAUCCCAGACAGAACUUUUCACUCUACCAACACAACCUGGCGCCUCUCUUCCUAUGAAUCAAUGACUGAUGUAAAGGAGCUUAUUCCAGAAUUUUUCUACCUUCCAGACUUUCUAGUUAACAGAGAAGGUUUUGAUUUCGGAGUGCGCCAAAACGGUGACAGAGUUAACCAUGUCAAUCUUCCACCUUGGGCUCGUAAUGAUCCUCGUCUAUUCAUCUUGAUUCAUCGUCAGGCUUUGGAGUCUGACCAUGUUUCCCAGACAAUCUGUCACUGGAUUGACUUGGUGUUUGGUUAUAAGCAAAAAGGCAAGGCCUCUGUUCAGGCUAUUAAUGUCUUUCAUCCUGCAACCUAUUUUGGGAUGGAUGUUUCUGCUGUUGAAGAUCCUGUUCAGAGAAGAGCCCUUGAAACAAUGAUAAAAACAUAUGGACAAACGCCUCGCCAGCUGUUCCAUGCAGCACAUGUUAGCAGACCUGGAUCCAGGCUCAUCAUAGAAGGAGAACUUCCUGCUGCCAUGGGAUUAUUAGUGCAGUUUGCUUUCAGAGAAACCAGGGAGCACACUAAAGAAAUAGUAUAUCCAAGUCCGUUACCAUGGAUAAAAGGCUUGAAGUGGGGAGAAUACGUUGGUUCCCCGAGUGCUCCAGAUCCCGUUGUUUGCUUUAGCCAACCACACGGAGAAAGAUUUGGCUCUCUGCAGGCCUUGCCGACCAAAGCUAUCUGUGGUUUGUCCCACAAGUUUUGCCUUUUGAUGAUAUAUAGCAAGGAGCAAGGUGUGAGAAGCAUGCACAGCACUGAUAUUCAGUGGUCAGCUAUCUUGAGCUGGGGAUAUGCUGAUAAUAUUUUAAGACUGAAGAGCAAGCAAAGUGAGCCUCCAGUAAAUUUUAUACAGAGCUCACAGUUCCAUCAGGUAACAAGUUGUGCUUGGGUGCCAGACAGUUGCCAGCUUUUUACAGGUAGUAAAUCCGGUGUCAUCACAGCAUAUAUGAACAGAUUCACAAGCAAUAUGCCUUCUGAGAUAGAAAUGGAGUCACAAGUCCAUCUGUACGGUCACACAGCAGAGAUAACAAGCUUGUUUGUGUGCAAACCAUACAGUAUAAUGAUAAGUGUCAGCAAAGAUGGAACCUGCAUUAUUUGGGAUUUGAACAGGCUGUGCUAUGUCCAGAGCCUGGCCGGACACAAGAGUCCUGUGACUGCAGUUUCAGCUAGUGAAACAACUGGCGAUAUUGCAACAGUUUGCGAUUCAGUUGGAGGGGGUAGCGACUUGAGACUUUGGACAGUUAAUGGUGAUCUCGUGGGACAUGUACACUGCAGGGAAAGUAUUUGCUCUGUUGCUUUCUCUAACCAGCCUGAAGGAAUAUCUGUCAACGUGAUUGCGGGGGGGCUAGAAAAUGGAGUUGUAAGGCUGUGGAGUACAUGGGACUUGAAGCCAGUGCGAGAAAUAACAUUUUCAAAGUCAGCCAAACCUAUUGUAAGCCUUACCUUUUCCUGUGAUGGUCAUCACUUGUUCACAGCUAAUAGUGAUGGAAAUGUUAUAGCUUGGUGUCGCAAGGACCAGCAGCGCUUGAAGCUACCCAUGUUCUAUUCAUUCCUUAGCAGCUAUGCAGCUGGGUGAUGACUGUUUUUGCUGCUAACUCAUUAUGUUUCUGAUGCACUUUAAAUCCAAAAUAGAUUACAGAAUCUUUUAACUGGAUUUUUUGAAAUAGCUUAAAUGUCUUUAAAAUGACUGAGUAGAUUUAAAGAAAUGGGAAAAAAAGAAACAGCAGUCUAAGAUUGUUGUAAAAUUGUGUAUACAAUGCACAGACUUGAAUAUUAAGGUCACCAGGAAGCUCUGGUCAUAUAUUCCAAUACCAGCAAAAUGGCACAUAAAUGCUCUAACCUACAAGUCAAAAUGCUGCAAUAUAAAAUGUAAUAGUAUUUUUUUAAAAUCAUUUCUUGGACACAAGAAUUUUUGACAACUGAAUCAAUAAUAGUGAUUUCCCCCUCUUUUCUGUUGUAAAAUAUCAGCAGUGUAAAGUUCUUUAUUUAUGAAAAUGUCAGCAUAUAUAUAUCUGAUUAGUUGAGUGUGGUAUAGUUGGCUCUGGGAUAAUUGACCCAAAACUUAAAAAUCCAAGAUGAAUCAAAAUUGCUUUUUUGAGAAGCAAAGAACUCAGUAGGUGCUUUUUGCACCAUCUUAUAGGUAUUGUAAUGCUAAAAAAUUUCUGUUACCUUUAUAUUUGUAAUCGGUCUUCUCUGUUGAGGUAGAAUAAUAGUCUUUACAACAGACAAAAAUAAAAUACCUGUGUCUUAGUGAUGGGCAGGCAUCUCAUGGCAUCAUGAAGCAAUAGUUAGAUCAGGGUUUUAUAGGGGAUUUUUGUUUUGUUUUUCCCCAAUGUAAAGUGUUAACUCCACAGAUUUGUAACACUAGCUAUUGUGAUUCUGUGGCAGAAUAUAUAUAGCUUAUCUUCAGAGCUUUCAAAAAAGGCAUUAAGGUACAGGUGUGCUCCCAUUUGAGUGUCAUUGAAGUUAAAUACACUGUAAAAUGUUUGAAUCUAACUGCCUGAAUAAUCAAUGUUCAUAGGCAUCAGAUGAUUUGGAAGAGUUUACACAGAUACAUUGUGCAAAUAUGCUAUUUAUUCAUAGGUGCUAUUUUUUUUUUUUUGAGAGGAAAAAUAAGCCUCCAUUGUGAAAGGCUUAAAAUUUGAAGUCUUAGGCCAGAUCAAAAAUUAACAUUUCAAUUGAUGGAUUUUAAGGCCUGUAAACCUGAUUCACACUGUAUCUGCUAGUUAUCUGAAAGGUAAAACACAAGAAUGCUACUUAAGCCUGAUGUAGUUACAUUUUUCUUUUAAAUCAUCUUGCCUUUUGAUCAUUUACAUAUUCCACUAUUGCCAUACAGAUGAACUGCUAUAUCUUAUGUUUAAGGUUCAUCUGCCUUGAAAACACUGUAAUUGAGAAUGUCAAGUUGCGAUGAAGAAAACAUGUACACAAAAGAUCUGUAUACUUUGAAAAUUCCAGAAUCUUUACAGAAACUUCCAAAUUUGAAGAACUUUCCAAACUGGAAAAACUUAAUCUAGAAAAGUCUUCUCAUAGUCUGUGACAAAGACUGAUCUUUGGUUUAAUUAAGCAAGUGGCUGCAUACUGUAUGAAUUAAAUUUUAAAUUGCAUAUAUUGUAGCAGCGUUGUAUGGGAUGGCUUUAAUUAUGUUUUUCAUUAUCCAAAUGUUAAUGUAAGGUCAAGCACAGACUGAAAGGCCUUUUGGCUCAUGUUGAAGUGAUGUGCAUUAUUUAAAAGAAAUAAAACACAAAUCUUGUGGUUUGGGGGUGUUUUUAUGCUCCCUGGUCUGGGGUGUUACUCAUAAAGGCUUAUUUUUAUAAAGCAGAAUUUCACUUGUUAAAAAUCAAUAUGCAAAGUUGCUGGCCUUGUGAAGAGUGCAAUAUUAUAUUUUUAUGUAAAAGUAAAAAUGAUUUUUUUGAAGCGGGGAAUAUUUAUUCAGCUUAACAUGUUCUGGAACUAUUAAAACAACUUCAACAGUAUAUGUGCAUGUCAUAAUGAAAUUCCCUGUAAAUGUCACAUUCCACACUGUCUUUGUAUAUAUUGUCACAUUGGAUAAUAAACAGAUCUUUGUAUCAAAUUGCUCAUGA